CAUGCCUGGGGCUGGAAGAGACCUCAGAGAAAAUCCUGUUCCCCGUCCUGGCUGUCAACCUGUUGUGGGCUGUCAGCCUCCCAUGGGCACAUCCGUGGGUCCUCUAAUGAUCUGCAUUAUUGUUUAUUGCAGGCAAUCUGCCUAUGGGGGCAGUGCCACGGGGCAGAGGCGGUGCUGGUUGGGACGGUGAUAACAGCGAUAUCGGAACCAGACGGGGCCGCUGCGUCAGUGCCGCACUUCUCACUGCCGGUCCGACGGCUCGGACUGACCGGAGGCUGCAGCGUCCAUCCCCGGAGAAGCCCAAAGAAAGGCACAACCACGGCCACCCGACGUGUUCCUGUGCUGCCCGGGGACGGCAGAGGCUCCACAAUGCGGCUGCUCCUGGUUGGGAAGACUGGAGGUGGGCGAAGCGCCACGGGAAACACCAUCCUGGGGCGACGCGUCUUCGAGUCCAAGCUGUCCACCACGCCGGUGACCCGCAGCUGCAAGUCAGCAACUGGGCACUGGGAUGGAGAGGACAUUGUGGUGGUCGACACGGCCGACAUCUUCCAUCUGUGGAGUGGCAGCAAUGAGGUGUGCAGGGAAAUCACCCGCUGCAUCGAGCUGUCCUCGCCUGGCCCCCACGUGCUGCUGUUGGUCACUCAGCUGGGCCGCUUCACCCAGGAGGACCAGGAGGCUGUGCAGGGCGUGCGGAACAUCUUUGGAGCCGGUGUGUUCAGGCACAUGGUUGUUGUGUUCACCCGGGGAGAGGAGCUGGUGGGGGGAUCUCUGCAUAACUACGUGACCUACACUGACAACAGAGCUCUGCGCAGCCUGAUCCAGAGCUGCCGGAAUCGGUACUGCAGCAUCAACAACAGGGUUUCCGGGGCAGAGCGGGACCAGCAGGUCCAGCAGCUGAUGAAUAAGGUCCACCAAACCGUGCAGGAGAAUGAGGGAAGGUACUACAGCAGUGAGUUGUACCUGGAUCCCUUUUUAACAGAAGAGAAAGUUAGGUAUCACAUGGAGAAAGCAGCCAGACCAUGGAGCGCGCUGCUCGACUCCUUGUCAUACAGGGGAGUCCUUACAAAAUGUGGGGUAAUUCUCAUUGUCAUCGCUUUGAUUUUCAUCUGUUUCCUUAUUUGGUGGAAGAGAUGAAUGGCUGAAACCCAUAAUCCACAAUCCCCCAGUAUCAGAAUCACCAAACACCUGAUUGUGCACAGAAAUAAAACAGAGACCUCUGUCUGCAUCCCA